AAUAGCAAAGCCAGCCUCACUCCAGCCAGCCGGUCUAAGGGCACAGAGAGCCAUCUGUCCAUUCUCUGUGCAAUAACUGACAACAAAGGGGGUCAAACAUUUAACUAGGACUGUAAAACUAGAGGACUAUUCAUUCUGGAGUGACAAAGAGAGGAAGAGGAACAAAUAUUCAUACUAAAAUAGCAGGUGUGGCAUGGCGGUCAUCUAUUGGUGUAGAGUGUUGUAGGAAGCUGAGUGUCUAGACCGUUGAUAAGUGUGAAUAUGUCUGACAAGGAAGGUGGGGCCUCAGAGGGGGGGCUGAAUGUUACCCUCACUUUACGGCUUCUGAUGCAUGGGAAGGAAGUGGGCAGCAUAAUUGGAAAGAAAGGGGAAACCGUAAAAAAGAUGAGAGAGGAGAGUGGAGCUCGCAUCAACAUUUCGGAGGGAUCUUCUCCAGAGAGGAUUGUUACCAUCACAGGACCAACAGAGGGCAUCUUCAGAGCUUUCUCUAUGAUCGCUGAGAAGUUUGAGGAGGACAUUACAGCUGCAAUGACAAACAGCACUGUAACAAGCCAUCCUCCAGUGACACUCCGCCUUGUGUUCCCAGGGAGUCAGUGUGGCUCCUUGAUAGGCAAAGGAGGCUCCAAGAUCAAGGAGAUCAGAGAGACCACAGGUGCUCAGGUGCAGGUGGCAGGGGACAUGCUGCCAGAAUCCACUGAGAGAGCUGUCACUAUCUCAGGCACUCCUCAGGCCAUCACACAGUGUGUCAGACACAUCUGCUCUGUCAUGCUGGAGUCACCACCCAAAGGAGCAACUAUCCCAUAUCGCCCCAGGACCAUGCCAGGAGCCGGCCAUCCAGUAUUUCAACAACAACAACAACAGCAACAACAUGCUUCACAAGCCUUCACAAUUCAAGGACAGUAUGCUUUUCCACAUCAAGAUUUGACCAAGCUUCACCAGUUGGCUAUGCAGCAUAUCCCCCUCCCUUCCCUUGGGCAAAGCAACCCUACCUUCCCUGGAAUGGAUGCCUCUGUCCCCACAAGUUCUCAGGAGCUGGCAAUACCCAAUGAUUUUAUUGGCAGCAUAAUUGGCAGACAAGGCAGCAAGAUCAAUGAGAUUCGCCAGGUGUCAGGAGCUCACAUUAAGAUAGCCAGUGCCGCGGACGGAUCGCCCAUGCGCCAAGUCACGAUCAUAGGCUCUCCGACCAGCAUCAGUGUGGCACACUACCUCAUCAAUGUCAGCUUAGAGAUGGCUAAAUACACCAUGCAGGCUGCUUCCUCUGCGUCAUCUGUUGACCUCAACAAUAUGAGCUUCUCUCAGUCUGCUCCCACUGUCUCCACACCCACCUCUAUGGCUGUCAUGGCUGCCACCUCCCAAGUCCCUGGAGCCAUUAACAUGCACUCCCCCUCCACCUUACAGUCCAUCACCACCCAGCACUAUGCUGUCCCUGUUUCCAGUCUGCUUGGCAUGAAAACACUCCCUAUGCUGGCUAUGCACCCAGCAGCUGCCUCAGGCCUUCCACAAGGUCUCUCCCCUUACACCACUAAGAUUCCUACUGCUGGCAUGAAAAAACCUGAGCGCCAGAAGUUUGCCCCAUAUUGACAUAUGGGAUAAGAAUUGAAUUCCCCUUCCAAAAACAAAUUUGGGGUCAGUACUGCAUAACACUUAUUCCCUGUUGCAAAGCUUGAUUAAGAUGUAUUGACUGUAUGCAGAGGCCUCAUGCCCACAGGGGGCACAGGGGCAUGUGCUCCCUCAGAUUUGUCCUGUUUAAAAAAUGUUUUGUUGUUGUUUCUCUGUAAUACUACUAGCCACCUAGCAAUUUUAU